UUGGAGUUCCAUCACUAUGCAAUAGACGUGCAAUACAAAAUAUUCUUUGCUUACAUAAAUCAUUACAAUUCGAAAUUGAAUCACGUUGUCCCCUACGAACAUUGCCAUUUAUAUAAAUUUUAUUUUUAUACAUGGUAUGGAUGCAACUUUAUUAUGUUUGAAUGGGACGUCUCGACUGGAGAAAGACCACGCUCUGACAGAAUACCAGCGUAA